AUGCGCUUUGCAAUUGGUGCCACCGUUGCGCUCGCUGCCGCCGUUGUGCGUGCAGACGACGCCAGCGCUCCCGAAGCUGAAUCAUCCGCCGCGUCCACGGUCGCGAAGCCUACAUUCACCCCCACAAAACUCAAGGCACCCUUCCUUGAGCAGUUCACCGACGACUGGGAAUCCCGGUGGAAGCCCUCGCAUGCGAAGAAGGAUGUCAAGAGCGACGACGAAGAAUGGGCAUACGUUGGCACUUGGGCCGUCGAGGAGCCUACUGUGCUGAAGGGUAUGGAGGGCGACAAGGGCUUGGUCAUCAAGGACAAAGCUGCUCACCACGCCAUUUCCGCCAAGUUCCCCAAGGCCAUUAACAACAAGGAUAACACCCUUGUUGUUCAGUAUGAGGUCAAGCUUCAGGAUGGCCUCGAGUGCGGUGGUGCGUACAUGAAGCUUCUCCAGGACAACAAGGCUCUCCACGCCGAGGAGUUCUCCAACGCUUCUCCCUACAUCAUCAUGUUCGGUCCUGACAAGUGCGGUGCUACCAACAAGGUUCACUUCAUCUUCCGCCACAAGAACCCCAAGACCGGCGAAUAUGAGGAGAAGCACCUCAACGCUCCCCCCAUGGCUCGUAUCGUCAAGACGUCGACCCUCUACACUCUCAUCGUCAAGCCCGACCAGAACUUUGAGAUCAAGAUCGACGGCGAGUCUAUCCGCAACGGCACCCUCCUUGAGGACUUCACCCCGUCCGUCAACCCCCCUGAGGAGAUCGAUGACCCCAACGACAAGAAGCCCGAGGACUGGGUUGAUGACGCUAGAAUCCCUGACCCUGAGGCUAAGAAGCCCGAAGACUGGGACGAUGAUGCGCCCUUUGAGAUUGUUGACGAGGAGGCCACCAAGCCUGAGGACUGGCUUGAUGAUGAGCCCACCACCAUCCCCGACCCCGAGGCUGAGAAGCCCGAAGACUGGGAUGACGAGGAGGAUGGUGACUGGAUUCCACCCACCGUUCCCAACCCCAAGUGCGACGAAGUCUCUGGCUGCGGCAAGUGGGAGCCUCCCAUGAAGAAGAACCCCAACUUCCGUGGCAAGUGGGCUGCACCAUUUAUUGACAACCCUGCCUACAAGGGCGAAUGGGCCCCCAGGAAGAUCCCGAACCCUGACUACUUUGAGGACAAGACUCCGGCCAACUUUGAGCCCAUCGGCGCUAUUGGUUUCGAACUCUGGACCAUGCAGAACGACAUCCUCUUCGACAACAUCUACAUUGGCCACUCGGUUGAAGAAGCUGAGAAGCUCAAGGCCGAGACCUUCGACCCCAAGCACGCAGCUGAGAAGGCUGAAGAGGAGGCCACCAAGCCCAAGCCCGCCGACACACCCAAGUCGCCCAGCGACCUUGUCUUCAAGGACGACCCGCUCAAGUAUGUCCAGGAGAAGACCAAGCUCUUUGUCGAGAUCGCCAAGCGUGACCCUGUCGAGGCCAUCAAGUUUGUUCCUGAGGUCGCUGGUGGUGUUGGUGUUAUCCUCGUCACCAUCUUCGCUAUCCUUGCCUCUGUCCUCCUCGGCUCCGGCGCUGCUCCCUCCAAGGAGCAAGUCAAGGCUCAGGCGAAGAAGGCUAAGGACUCUGCAGUGAAGGCCAAGGACAAGACAGCCGAGGCUGUCGCUACUGGCUCUGAGAAGGCUCAGGCUGAGGUCAACAAGCGCACCAACAAGUCGUAG